AUGUUUGAAGCCCACAUGCAAAGCUACAAGGGUGAUGACCCACUUGGUGAAUGGGAAAGCUACAUGCGGUGGGUAGAAGAGAAUUUUCCUGAGAAUAAAGAAUACUUGACAACUUUAUUAGAACAUUUAAUGAAGGCAUUUUUAAAUGAUAAGAGAUACCACAAUGACCAAAGAUUCAUCAAUUAUUGUUUAAAAUUUGCAGAGUACAACAGUGAUCUUCAUCAGUUUUUUGAGUUUCUGUACAACCAUGGAAUUGGAACACUGUCAUCUCUUCUGUAUGUAUCCUGGGCGAGUCAUCUGGAAGGUCAGGGAGAGCUGCAGCAUGCCAGUGCAGUUUUUCGCAGAGGAAUUCAAAACCAAGCUGAACCUAAAGAUCUACUGCAACAACAAUACAGGUUAUUUCAGGCGCGUCUCACUGAAACCCAUUUGCCAGCUCAAGCUAGAAACUCAGAACCUCUGCACAAUGCUCAGAUUUUAAACCAAAUGACAAGAUCAAAAUCAAAUCCAGGAAAUAACUCAGCCUGCGUUUCUAAGAAUCAGGGCUCAAAACGUUCUGGAAUGAUAUCUUCAGCUUGUGAUAAAGAGUCAAAUAUGGAAAAACGGGUUGUCAUGAUUUCUAAAUCAGAAUAUUCUACGCAGUCAUCUCUGGCAGCCAAAGCUGAUGUUCAGCAGGUUGUUAUGUAUUGCAAGGAGAAGCUUAUUCGUGGAGAAUCAGAAUUUUCUUUUGAAGAACUGAGAGCCCAGAAAUAUAAUCAACGGAGAAAGCAUGAGCAAUGGGUAAAUGAAGACAGACAUUACAUGAAAAGAAAAGAAGCAAAUGCUUUUGAAGAACAACUAUUAAAACAGAAAAUGGAUGAACUUCAUAAGAAGUUGCAUCAAGUGGUGGAGACAUCCCAUGAGAAUCUGCUUGCUUUCCAUGAAAGGUCUGAGGUUAAUUCAGCAUGUAUGGGGCCAAGUGUAGGCUCCCAGGAGGAAUUGAGAGUUCCGUGUCUUCCAGCCAUGGAUCAGCAGACCUCAAAGAACAUGGGGGAGAACUUCAGAGCGGCACCUACCAUUGCUCCCCUUAUGACAAAUGCUAUUACUACUGCUUUGGAGUCCCCAGCUAUCGGCCAGAGCAUAGCUCCUCCAGUUCCUUUGACAGCCCAGCCAGUGACAAACUCCAUGUAUACAGUGGCCAGAAAAGAUGACAGAUGUGUGAAUAAAAGUACAUGUGAAUUCAAGCCACAGAGUGAAGCAGAGAUAAAGGAAGGGUGUGAAAUACAUAAGGUUGCUAGCACAAGUUCUUUUCACACAACUCCAGACACAUCACUGGGAAUGGCUCAGACAACACCAUCCAAAGUGCAGCCGUCACCCACUGUGCACACAAAAGAAGCAUUAGGUUUCAUCAUGAAUAUGUUUCAGGCUCCUACACUUCCUGAUAUUUCUGAUGACAAAAAGGAAUGGCCAUCUUUAGAUCAAAAUGAAGAUGCAUUUGAAGCCCAGUUUCAGAAAAAUGCAAGGUCUUCUGGCGCUUGGGGAGUCAAUAAGAUUAUCUCUUCUCUGUCAUCCGCUUUUCCUGUGUUUGAAGAUGGAAACAAAGAAAAUUAUGGAUUACCACAGCCUAAAAAUAAACCCACAGGAGCCAGGACCUUUGGAGAGCGCUCUACGAGCAGAUUUCCUUCAAAACCAAAUGAAGAAGUGCCUCAUGCUGAAGAGUUUCUAGAUGAUUCAACCAUAUGGGGUAUUCGCUGCAACAAAACCCUGGCACCCACUCCUAAGAGCCCAGGAGACUUUACAUUUGCUGCACAGCUUGCUUCUACCCCAUUCCACAAACUUCCAGCAGAGUCAGUGCACAUGCUAGAAGAUAAAGAAAAUGUAGCAAAACAGUGUACCCGUGUAACUUUGGAUUCUUGUGAAGAGAAUGUGGUGCCACCCUUAAAGGACAGAAAGUUCAGUCCAAUUGAAGAGAAAAUCCCAGAACAAGCAGUCUCCUCUGACAAAUCUUCAGCAUCCUUACUCCACCUGAGCCUGCCUACUGCAGGUGGUGUACUUUCCCAUGAGACGGAGCGGGGCCUUGAGGCUUGUAAACUCACAGACACUGACAUUGCCAUUGCGAAGGAUCCACCAGAUGUUAUCGCUGGGCUUCAAGCAGAAUGGAUGCAGACUAGUUCACAUGGGAAUGUCAAUGCUUCAAACUUCACUGUUGAGAACCCAUGGGAUGAUGAGUUAAUUCUCAAACUUUUAUCUGGGCUUACUAAACCAGUGAGUUCCUAUACAAAUACUUUUGAAUGGCAAUGUAAACUUCCAUCCAUCAAGCCCAAGACUGAAUUUCAAUUGGGUUCUUCACUGGUCUACGUCAGUCACCUUCUUGGAGAAGGGGCCUUUGCUCAGGUCUAUGAAGCUGCUUAUGGAGAUGUGGAUGAUACUAAAAAUAAACAGAAAUUUAUUUUGAAGGUCCAGAAGCCUGCCAACCCCUGGGAAUUCUACAUUGGGACCCAGCUGAUGGAGAGACUAAAGCCAACCAUGCAACACAUGUUUAUCAAAUUUUAUUCUGCCCACUUUUUCCAGAAUGGCAGUGUAUUAGUAGGAGAUCUCUACAGCUAUGGAACAUUACUAAAUGCCAUUAACCUCUAUAAAAAUACACCUGAAAAAGUGAUGCCUCAAGCUCUCGUCAUCUCUUUUGCUAUGAGAAUGCUUUACAUGAUUGAACAAGUCCAUGACUGUGAAAUCAUUCAUGGAGACAUUAAGCCAGACAAUUUCAUACUUGGAAAUGGAUUUUUGGAGCAAGAUGGUGAAGGCGAUGAUUUAUCUGCUGCCUUGGCACUAAUUGACCUGGGUCAGAGUAUAGAUAUGAAACUUUUUCCAAAAGGAACUACAUUUACAGCAAAGUGUGAAACAUCUGGUUUUCAGUGUAUUGAGAUGCUCAGUAACAAACCAUGGAACUACCAGAUUGAUUACUUCGGAGUUGCUGCAACAGUGUACUGCAUGCUCUUUGGCACUUACAUGAAAGUGAAAAAUGAAGGAGGAGUCUGGAAACCUGAAGGUCAUUUCAAAAGGCUUCCUCAUUUGGAUAUGUGGAGUGAAUUUUUUCACAUCAUGUUGAAUAUACCAGAUUGUCAUCAUCUUCCAUCUUUGGAUUUAUUAAGGCAAAAGUUGAAGAAAAUAUUUCAACAACACUAUACAAACAAGAUUAGGACCCUGCGUAAUAGGCUAAUUGUACUGCUCUUAGAAUAUAAGCGUUCACGAAAAUAA